AAAAAAAAGAAAAGAAAGAAAGGCCAAAAACCAAGUGAGCAUCAUCUUCCAAGUUCCCCCCUCUCACCACUCCCUCCUCGACCCACCCCCUCUAUCUCAAAAUGGCUUCCUCGCAUCUCCUCCAAUGUCCCAACUUCUCCACCAACCUCAAGCUCCCUUCCAAGCCCACCACCCUCAAAACCACCCCAUCUUUCCUCCUCAUCAAAGCCGCGUCCUCCUCAAACAACAACACCUCCACCUCCACCGCCACAAGCAAUAACAUUCGCGACGAAGCCCGCCACCAGAACCUCACUAACCCGCCACAAAGCCAUAACUUUUCCGCCAAGUACGUCCCUUUUGGCGCCGACCCAGCCACCAGCACCGAAUCCUACUCACUCGACGACAUCGUCUACCGCUCCCAAUCCGGCGGCCUCCUUGAUGUCCAUCACGACUUCUCCGCCCUCAAAGCCUUCCCUGGCUCCUACUGGCGUGCCCUCUUCGACUCUCGCGUUGGCAAGACGACUUGGCCUUAUGGAUCCGGUGUCUGGUCCAAGAAAGAAUGGGUCUUGCCUGAAAUUUCGAGUGAUGAUAUUGUCAGUGCUUUUGAAGGCAACUCUAAUCUCUUCUGGGCUGAAAGGUUUGGCAAGCAAUUUCUUGAAAUGAAUGAUUUGUGGGUUAAACAUUGUGGGAUUAGUCAUACAGGGAGUUUUAAGGAUCUGGGCAUGACUGUUCUUGUUAGUCAGGUUAAUAGGUUGAGAAAAAUGAACAAACCUCUUUUUGGUGUUGGCUGUGCUUCAACAGGCGAUACUUCUGCUGCCUUGUCUGCUUAUUGUGCUUCUGCUGGUAUUCCUUCUAUUGUCUUUUUGCCUGCUAAUAAGAUAUCUAUGGCGCAGCUUGUGCAGCCCAUUGCCAAUGGGGCUUUUGUUUUGAGUAUUGAUACUGAUUUUGAUGGUUGUAUGCAGUUGAUAAGAGAGGUUACUUCCGAGUUACCUAUUUAUUUAGCCAAUUCGCUUAAUAGUUUGAGGUUAGAAGGGCAGAAAACUGCUGCCAUUGAGAUUUUGCAGCAGUUUGAUUGGGAAGUGCCCGAGUGGGUUAUUGUUCCUGGUGGGAAUUUGGGGAAUAUUUAUGCUUUUUAUAAAGGGUUUCAUAUGUGCAAAGAGUUGGGGCUUGUGGAUAAGAUUCCAAGGCUUGUUUGUGCACAGGCUGCGAAUGCCAAUCCUCUUUACUUGUAUUAUAAGUCGGCAUGGAAAGAAUUUAAAGCUGUGAAAGCUAAUAGUACAUUUGCGUCUGCUAUUCAGAUUGGUGAUCCUGUUUCAAUUGAUAGAGCUGUUUAUGCACUGAAAAAAUCAAAUGGGAUUGUUGAGGAGGCUACUGAGGAGGAGUUAAUGGAUGCAAUGGCACAGGCAGAUUCAACAGGGAUGUUUAUUUGUCCACAUACAGGAGUGGCGUUGACGGCUUUGAUGAAGCUUAGGAAGAGUGGUGUUAUACGUUCGAGUGAUCGGACGGUGGUGGUUAGUACUGCCCACGGGCUGAAGUUUACUCAAAGUAAGAUUGAUUAUCACUCGAAUAAUAUUAAGGAAAUGGCUUGUAGGUAUGCGAAUCCGCCUGUUAGUGUUGCGGCUGAUUUUGGUUCUGUUAUGGAUGUUUUGAAGAAAUAUUUGAGUAAAACACCCAAGUAUUAGGGAGAUUAUGAACAUUUUAAGUUUUGCUUAUGUAACUCUAGCAUAUUGUUGUCUCAGCUUAGGGGUUGAUAGUGCUGCUUUUAUAAUUUUGUCAUUGGAUGUUUGAUGUUAGGAUUUUGGAUUUUCCAAUUUUGUAGCCUUUCAUAGAGAUAAAUCAUAUGUAAGGCUGCAUUGCCCUUUUUGGAUAAAGACAUUAUCAUUCGAAUUGGUGCAAGUUUUAUAGGUCA